CUUCCGGGCGCGUGGAGCUGCGCUCUCGCGGUCGGCACCGGGGCCGGGCGUGAGGGAGGGACAUGGGCGCGUAAAGGGUGGCGCGGUUCGCCACGGCUCCGUUUGAGAGCGGUGCGUGUGAGGGAGUCUGCGGUCGGCGGUGGUGCCGGGGGAAGAUUCUCUUUAACUUGAUUACUUACAAGGAGUAGUUCCUCAUCAUGGCUGAACUAUCGCCUGAAGAAAUCCAGCUGAGGGCCAACCAGGUCACCAAUGAGUCUUUGGAAAGCACAAGGAGGAUUCUUGGCCUGGCCAUUGAGUCUCAUGAUGCUGGCAUCAGAACUAUCACCAUGCUGGAUGAACAGGGAGAACAGCUAAAUCGCAUAGAAGAAGGCAUGGACCAGAUAAAUAAGGAUGUGAGAGAAGCUGAGAAGACACUGACAGAGCUCAACAAAUGUUGUGGGCUCUGUGUCUGUCCUUGCAACAGGACAAAGAACUUCGAGGCUAGCAAGGUAUAUAAAGCAACCUGGGGAGAUGGAAAUGAGAACUCGGCAGAUCAUGUGAUAUCCAUGCAGCCAAGAAGAAUAAAUCAGCAGCAGUUUCAGGCUGCUGGAGGACCAAGUGGUGGAUAUAUUACAAGGAUAACAAAUGAUGCCAGAGAAGAUGAAAUGGAUGAAAAUCUUGCUCAAGUGGGAAACAUUCUUGGGAAUUUGAAAAACAUGGCUUUGGAUAUGGGCAAUGAGAUUGAUGCCCAGAAUAAACAAAUAGACCGGAUAAAUGAAAAGGCUGAUACAAACAGGGAACGCAUUGAGCAAGCCAACAUCAGAGCCAAGAAACUAAUUGACAAUUGAAGCCUGCUGUCAUUGUUAAUGACACUGUCUCCAGCUGCAAGCCACCAUAUUCAUGGAUCUGUGAAACUUCUCCCCCUCUGAAAUAAGAGGGGCUGGGUAAAAUGAAGCAGAACCCUUUCUGUAGGGAUUAAUUGUCUUAUUUUUUUAUAUUGCUUCAUGUAAAUGUGGCCUUGACUCCAAGAAAGCAGCCAACAACAACAUAACUUCCUCCUACCCAUCUGCCUUCACUAUCUUUAAACUGCUCAGGGCUAAGAGUGUUACGGCUUUGAGAAUCUUCUUGCAUGUUUCUUUUUCCUUUUUCCCCCGCACCCAAAAUGUUCUUGAAGUUGAACAAGCAGAGUAACCUGAAUUUACAGUUGUGGGAAGUUGGAGGGGGCACUUUGCACUGUUUAAAAUACCUCAUAAGUUGAGUGUCUUCACUAAAAUAGGGACUUGGUGAAUAUUGUCUGACUUGUAUAUCUAGCACGCUACCGAUAUUUUUACAGUCUAAACCACAUGAUUGGUUUGAGGUUGAGUUCGUCAGUUACAGAAUUGAAAAGGCCCACUAAAUACUUCUGGGUUGAAGGCUUAAAAACACUCCUAACCACAUGAACAUUAGUGUAAAGGCAACGGGAGGAAUAUACAGGUUGCCAUUGGUUUGGAGGCUAUGCCUAGAAAUCCUGCUGCAUUGUCCUGAUGAUAUUUGUUGUGAGUAUAUAUAUACCUGCUCUAAACCCCACGUGCAUAUGAGUAGAACAAAAUAAAAUGAUCUCCCUGAAGUAUUUGAUGGAAAAUGUUAUGUCCCUGAUCUAAAAGUUAACUUUUAAGUGUUUGAAUGAUGCAUGUUAACUGGAAGAAACUGAGCAGAAAAGUGUGUGUGUCUCAUCCUGUAUCAGAGUCCAUUUUGGCCAGUUUUCACUGGAGUUCAGUUUAUGCCUUUCUCCAGGUGCAAAAUAAUGACUUUGAUCUGGUGCAGAGCUUGCUCUCAGCAGUGACUUUGGGGGAGCUUCUCAAAUGUACUGGAAACAGAGAAGCUUAUCAUAAAACUUCUUCGUCACAAGUGUGGAGGAAGCAGUAUCUAUUUAUGAACUGUAUGCUAGUUCUAAAUAAACUAGUUUUAAAUAGA